AUGGCUUCGAUUUCGUCAACUCUACUCUUAAAUUCUAGAUCAGAUUCACCUCUGAGAUUCCAGAAAUUAUCUGGGUUUUCUUCUUCUCCAUUUUCUAGAUCCUGCCGAUUUGGAAACCGUUAUCUGGAAUCAAUUAUUUCGCCGGGAAGGAGAAUCGACGGUGCUAUGGCGGCUACAUCGGUGGAAGGAGUUGUGACGGAGGCGAUGAAACUGAUUCAAUCGGCUUCACCUACAUGGAAAUCCGCUGUGGCUAACAAUUUUUUGAUUUUUGUUCUCGGAUCGCCGCUUCUUGUUACCGGAUUAUCUGCUUCUGGAAUCGCCGCCGCAUUCUUGCUCGGUACUCUAACUUGGCGGGCUUAUGGGUCUGCUGGUUUCCUCUUAGUCGCUGCUUACUUCGUCUUAGGAACAGCAGCAACAAAGGUUAAAAUGUCUGAAAAGGAAGCACAAGGCGUGGCCGAGAAGAAAAAAGGUAGAAGAGGACCACGGAGUGUGAUUGGUUCAAGUGCUGCUGGUUGUGUCUGUGCUUUUCUUUCGAUAUAUCAAGUGGGAGGAGCAGCUUUUUCACAGCUUUUCCGGCUUGGUUUUGUUUCCAGUUUCUGCACUAAAGUGUCUGACACGGUCUCAAGCGAGAUUGGGAAAGCUUACGGAAAGACAACGUAUUUAGCCACAACAUUCAAGAUUGUACCAAGAGGAACCGAGGGGGCUGUGAGUCUUGAAGGAACAUUGGCUGGACUUUUAGCAUCAUUUUUUCUUGCCUCAAUUGGCUGUUUCCUGGGUCAGAUAACUCCUCCAGAAGCAGCUGUAUGUGUACUAGCUUCCCAGAUUGCAAAUCUUGGAGAAAGCAUAAUAGGUGCAUCUUUUCAAGACAAAGAAGGAUUCGAAUGGCUAAACAAUGACGUAGUCAAUGUGAUCAACAUAAGCUUGGGAAGCAUCGUAGCGAUUUUGAUGCAGCAGUUUAUACUCCAGAAUUGGGUCAAGUAA